AUGAAGAGGACCAUUCUACCAUGUGCUGCUGCAGUGCUGGCUACUCGCCUCUCCAGACCCCUGUCACAGCUCCCAGGAAGAACAGUAAGUGUCUAUGACAGAGAAAAUGGAGUAAGACGCACACUGUUGUUUUGCUCUGCUUCCUUUAUCCCGUUUGGCCAUCGGAUUUAUGCUGGUCAGGUGGACCCGGUUGGUAGCAAAGCUGUUCUGGUCACAGGCUGUGACUCUGGAUUUGGGUUCUCCAUGGCCAAGCUUCUACAUUCAAAAGGCUUCCUCGUGUUUGCUGGCUGCUUGAAGAAGGACAAAGGGCAUGAUGGGGUCAAGGAGCUGGACAGCUUGAACAGUGACCGAUUGAGGACCGUGCAGCUCAAUGUCUGCAAUGGCAAGGAGGUGGAGAAAGUGGUGGAGAUCAUCCGCUCGAGCCUGAAGGACCCUGAGAAAGGUAUGUGGGGCCUAGUUAACAAUGCGGGCAUCUCGACAUUCGGGGAGCUGGAAUUCACCAGCAUGGAGACCUACAAGGAGGUGGCAGAAGUGAACCUCUGGGGCACAGUGUGAGUGAUGAAAUCCUUUCUUCCCCUCAUCCGAAGGGCCAAAGGCCAUGUCAUCAACAUCAGCAGCAUGCUGGGCCGCAUGGCCAACCCCACCCGCUCCCCGUAGUGCAUCACCAAGUUUGGGCUACAAGCUUUCUCUGACCGCCUGCGCUACGAGUUGCACCCACUGGGCGUGAAGGUCAGUGUGGUAGAGCCCGGCAACUUUAUAGCUGCCACCAGCCUCUACAGCCCUGAGAGCAUCAAGGCCAUCACCAGGAUGUGGGACGAGCUGCCUGAGGCUGUGCGCAAGGAUUACGGCAAGAAUUACUUCAAUGAGAAGAUUGCCAGUAUGGAGACCUAUUGCAACAGUGGCUCCACAGACAUGUCCCCUGUCAUCCAUGCUGUCACACACGCCGCCACCCCUUACACCCGCUACCACCCCAUGGACUACUAUUGGUGGCUGCGAAUGCAGAUCAUGACCCACUUGCCUGGAGUGAUCUCUGACAUGAUCUACAUACACUGA